AUGAAGCCAUCUCUUCUCUCUAUAAAGACAUCCAUGGCCAUCUCUUCUCUCUAUAAAGACAUCUAUGAAGCCAUCUCUUCUCUCUAUAAAGACAUCUAUGCCAUCUCUUCUCUCUAUAAAAGACCAUCUCUUCUCUCUAUAAAGACAAUCUAUGAAGCCAUCUCUUCUCUCUAUAAAGACAUCUAUGAAGCCAUCUCUUCUCUCUAUAAAGACAACUAUGAAGCCAUCUCUCUUCUCUCUAUAAAGACACAACAUAAAGCCAUCUCUUCUCUCUAUAAAGACAUCUAUGCCAAGCCAUCUCUUCUCUUCUCCUAUAAAGACAUCUAUGAAGCCAUCUCUUCUCUCUAUAAAGACAUCUAUGAAGCCAUCUCUUCUCUCUAUAAAAGACAACUAAACCAUCUUCUCUAUAAAGACAUCUAUGAAGCCAUCUCUUCUCUCUAUAAAAGACAUCUAUGA